AUGAUGCGUCAGCCAUACUCGCCCGGAUCCGGAUUGCGGCUUUGCCAGGGCUGCGGGUUCGUUUCCGGGCGCCAAUCGAUACAACCCGCAAACCGGUCUUCAGUGGCGCUGCAGUUCGGGCAACGCUCCGCCGAUAUGUCACGAACAAUCUCGAUCCGGCCGGCCGCAGCCCGCUAUUUCACAACCUCGCAGCCGUGUCGAAAGGUGAAGCGGUCGCAGGAAGCCCAAGCCCCGGAUGUCUCGAAGACCCGGUUUGGCAGGACAGCUGCGGCAGCAACCUACCAACCACCUGGCGUGGAGCCUGCAGCGGCCGCUUAUACCGUGCGUCAUAUUCUCACGGCUUUCCUCGGCCCCGGUGGUAUUCCAUCCGAAGAAUUUACCCUGUCGGCGUUGCGGGCGCUUGCACAGAUUGAGGUGAGGCAGGUGCCAGAUGCUGGAGAACGUCGCUCCGAUGACGCCGUCGCCGAAACUCGCGGACCUGCCUCGCAACUCUUGGGACUGGAUGACAUAAAGGCUGGUGAGGUCACACGGCCACAGCGGAGCCCCUCACAGCGAUCACAGGACGCAAUAGACCAAAUCUCGGAUGCGGCAUACACGAUUGUUACCCAUCAGACAGUGGUCAUCACUCGGACAAUCCUCGCCGAAUACGUCCAACUCGAAGCCCGCCUUGGUAGGGCAAAGAACUUGCCGCAGAUCCUCGAUCUCUACGCGAGUAAGCCUAAGCCCAAGAUGGUCUCAAACACCAUCAAAUACGUCGAGCGCAACCCGAGCAAGGCCGAAAGCGCAGUCGAUCCUGCGGUUGCCGACAUGGCCCUGGAUGCGGCAAUCGAGGCCAAGGACCUUGGGGCCGCCAUCGGCAUUUUGGAAACUACCUACGCAUCCAAGGCGUAUUUGCGGUCGAAGCUUAUCAAGAAGGCACUGCUUCCCAGCCUCGCUGUCACUGGUACCCCAGUCGGCGUCUACUACGCCGCUACCCAGUUAGCACAACUGCAGCACGCCCUAGAACCCAAGAUUGCAACCGGUUUUGCCUUUGCCGGCGCCAUUUGUUAUGUGGGGUUCACUGCCACUAUCGGCGCGGUGGCCCACUUCACGGCAAACGAUCAAAUGAAGCGGGUGACGUGGGCGCUGGGCACACCGCUGCGCCAUAGGUGGCUCUACGAGGAGGAGCGGGCCGCUCUCGACAAGAUUGCCUGCUCCUUUGGUUUUUCGGAGGAGCACCGCUACGGCGAGGAGGAGGGAGAGGAAUUCCUGUGGCUCCGAGAAUAUAUACUGAACAGGUCCAUGAUCCUCGAUGCGGUCGAUCUCAUGCCGGGCAUGAACUAG